AUGAAUUCCAGACAGCCACGUCUUCCACCACUCAAACCAACACUUAUUCAUCAAGGUCCUCCUAAACAAUACCAUCUACAUACAGAGAGAAAUGUGCUUGAUGAAUAUGGAAAAGUCAGAAAAUGGACUUAUGGGAUAAAAGACACCAGUAAACCAAACAAAAUAGUUCUGUUGGUGGGAGAGACUGGUGCUGGAAAGACAACUCUCAUCAACACCAUGAUCAACUACUUAAUGGGAGUGAAGUUUGAGGAUGAAAUAUGGUAUGAAAUCACAGAAGAAUCAACCAGAGAUCAAUCAGAAUCACAAACCUCUGAAAUCACCAUGUAUGAUGUCUUUCCUGAAGAGAGUCCCAUGUCUCUCACCAUCAUUGAUACUCCAGGCUACGGAGACACUAGAGGACUGGACAAAGAUCUGGAAGUUGCUGAGAAUUUAGCCACUUUGUUUCAGAGCAAUGAUGGAGUUCGUGAAGUCGACGCAGUGUGUUUUGUGAUUCAAGCAUCUAAGAAUCGUCUCUCAGACCGACAGUAUUACAUUUUCAGUUCAGUUCUGUCUUUGUUUGGAAAAGACAUUGUGGACAUCAUUGUGUUUUUAAUCACACACUCUGAUGGUAUGGCACCCACAAACGUCAUCGGAGCCAUUAAUAAAGCUGGAAUCCCCUGCAGACGAGACAAAAGCGGCCAACCUGUUCAUUUCUCAUUCAACAAUCGACAAGCUGAAGCCCGUCAAAAUGAGAGACGUUAUCUUCGAGCUCAAAGAGACGCCUGGGAAGACAGCAUGGAAGAGACAAAUAAAUUUAUUCAGUCUCUGGAUGAAAAGAACAGAAGAAGUUUAGAGUUGACUUCAGAUGUCCUGAUGGAGCGCAUUCAGUUUGAAGCAUUUAUCAGCAACUUGCAGCUGCGACUUCAAGAGAUGGAAGUGAAAAAGGCUGAAAAACUUCAGAUUCAAGAGGCAAUAAUGCUAAACAAGGAAAAGAUUGAAGAGUGUAAAAACUUUAAGAUUACAUUAAAAAAGACAGUCAAAAUGAAGGUGCCCAUUGAAAAUGCAUCAUGGAAAAACAGGAAGGCGACGACCUGCAACGUCUGUGAGGAAAACUGCCAUGAGUUUGGCUGCUGGUGGGGUUCAAAUCCCAGCAAAUGUGAAGUCAUGAAAGAUGGCUACUGCACCGUGUGCACAGGGAGGUGUCAUCACAGCAAACACGUCAAAGAAAACAAGAAAUACAUCAUCAGAAACUCCAGCAUAAUCGUACAGUUUGACAACUUGAUAAAAGAAUAUGAAAAAGCUGAAGAAAAGUCCAAGAAGUUUUCAGUUAUAAAGGAUACACUUGUCAAAGAUCUGCAGGAGAUUGAGGACCAGAAGUCAAUUCUUCUGUUCAAUGCUUACAGGACCAUCAAGCAUCUGGCUCAGAUCGCAUUAAAACCAGACUCUGCCUUCACUCUUCAGCAUCUGGACUUCUUCAUCCCCAGAGUGAGGGAGGCUGGGAAAGAAGACUGGGUCAGAUUGCUGGAGGAAAUGAGGAGAAACGCUGAAGCUGAAGAAGCCAAUAAAGAUGCUCUCAGUUAUCUCCAGGCAGGUCUGACAAAACUAGAUCUCUUUUUUAGUGGGCAAUGAACACAUGCAGACAAGACAACAGAUAAAUCAAUGACAAUGAAGAAAACUGUUUACAAUGAGAAAUACAAUGAAUGCAAGUGGCUCUCUGUAGAUCUGAAGAUAAUAACGUUCCUUUAACCAUAAUAUCAAGUUCAUUUUUAUCUCUGUUUUUAGCGUUUAUUUAAAACUAGGCAAGCUUGAUAAUGUUUUAAACUCCUAUUAGUUCAUGUACUCUAGUUAUAAUGUAAAUUAGUUUUAAUACUGGAUGGUAAUUUGUCACAAAUUAAAAUAUCACAAACACUUGUGUUAACCUUGGUUAAUCUCUUCUACAUUUGACCGAUAUCAAUUGCAGUCAAUUUAAGUCUUUCCUGUCUUCUUGA